AUGACCAUGGGUCAAUGCAUGACUCGAAGCAAAGUAGUUAAGGAUUCGUAUGAUCAGGCCUUGUCGAUUCACAAUCAAAUUCUGGGUCCUGAUGAAGAUAUUAGUCAACAUAACUACAUUAAAAAAAAUUAUAUGGACGUAAUUGAAGAAGCUUACUGCGCGGUCGCGAGUGAUUUUGAAGACUAUGCGUCCCGACUAGGACCCGUUCGAAUGACCGCUGACCCUGGCUCUGCUUCUGCCAUUGCCUUGCAUAUUCAUCUCAAAACCGAGCUCCCGGCUGUUAUCAAGUUCCAGCAUCUGCGAACUCAUGUCACUGGAGAUGCUAUUGACCUGUUAAAAAAUAUUUUCCUCUCGGGUGAUAACUAUACUCAAGCCUGGAACAUUCUUGUCAAUUUUCAUGACAAUAAGCGUCGUCUGGUUACCUCCUACACCAGCACGGUCCUCAAUUGUCAGAACAUGAAGUCCAACUCCUGCCCGGAAAUGAAGCGUUUUUUUAAAGAGAUGUUGGGUCCCCUCGGCUCUCUUGUUGCUUUGGGUAGAGAUAACUGGUGCGAAGACAUCACCAUCGCUCUUGUGGUCAGUAGGUUCGAUAACUCUACCAACCGAGAGUGGCAGAAGCACCUAGGUAGCAGUGAUGAGCCACCUACUCUUUCUUGUUUACGUGAGUUUAUCGCCGCCCAAAUUAUCACGAUGGAAACGUUAGAGUCAGUUAAACGGAAGCCUACGUCCCAAGAUACGUCAAAAUCCAAACCAAAGUCUUCAUUCAUGCAUCAAAUCGCCACUUUUAACGAUUCAGGCUCCAUUAGUUGCUUUCUCUUCGGCAAGCCCCAUCGUUUGUUCUCCUGUCCAACCUUCCAAGGUAAACCUCUGAAGGAAAAACGGCAGCUCGUAAACGACAGGCAACUUUGUCUCAAUUUUCUUGGUCAACACUUUGUAAAACAGUGUAAGAGUAAGUUCUCGUGUUCGGUUUGUCAUGGAAAGUAUCAUACCCUAUUGCAUAAGGAAGAGGCCAAGUCAAGUCCUUCGAAAGACUCAACCUCUUUUGAUAAGCCCACCGGUGGUCCUGAACAAUCUCAUGAACUCCUACCCGAUCAAAGCUUCUGCGAUAACGUAAACUUAUUGCGUAGCGAGGGCUUACCUUCAGGACCCAAGUGCGACACUGAGGCCCUGAUUGUUCCUAAGAUUUCUUCGUAUAAGCCUUCUACUUCAAUAAGCUUAGUAAAUAUUCCACACAUUCAGGAACUUCAACUAACGGACCCUGAUUAUCGCUCCCUAGAUAAAAUAGACGUUAUGCUAGGAGCUUCUGUUUACGCCUACAUAAUUCAAAAUUCAAUUCGACGAGGCUCCCUCGAUCAAACCAUCGCUUCAGCCUCUCGGAUCAGAUGGUUAUUAUCAGGACCUGUUUCCUUCGUACCAGAGAGUGUCCCUUCCUUCAAGCAAGCGAGUCAUUUGAUCACCGCGCCUGAAGAAAUCGCAGUGAUGCACGUUUCCAAGGGCCCUGAUCUCGAUAAAGUUAUGCAACGAUUUUGGCUGGUCGAGGAACCUCUCUCCAAGCCUGAGCUGAAGGGAGACGAUCUUCGUUGCGAGGAGCAUUUCAACUUCAGGCACUCUCGAUCCCCUGACGGCCGUUUCGUGGUCAAACUUCCGUUCAAGGGCGAAACUGUUGACACUCUUUCGCUUCGUGAAGGCUCAUACAAAACUGCGCUCUCCAUGUUUCGUUAG